AUGGCUAAAAUCAAUGUCACUUAUGUCACGGAAUUCAUACUCAAGGGGAUUACAGACCGUCCUGAGCUUCAGGGUCCAUGUUUCGUGGUGUUUUUGCUUAUCUAUGUGGUCACAGUGCUGGGCAACAUUGGAUUGAUCAUCUUGAUCAGGACUGAUGUUCGACUCCACACCCCAAUGUACUUCUUCCUCAGUCACCUGGCCUUCGUGGACCUCUGCUACUCCUCGGCCAUUACGCCCAAGAUGAUGGUGAAUUUUCUCGUGGAGCGCAACACCAUUCUGUUUCACGCAUGUGCAGCUCAGCUGGGCUGCUUCCUGACCUUCAUGAUCACUGAGUGCUUCCUGCUGGCCUCCAUGGCCUACGACCGCUACGUUGCCAUCUGCAGCCCCCUGCGCUAUUCAAUACUGAUGUCAAAGAGAGUCUGCUUCCAACUGGUGGCGGUGCCCUACGUCUACAGCUUCCUGGUGGCACUCUUCCAUACCAUUAUCACCUUCCGCCUGGUUUACUGUGGCCCCAACAUCAUCAAUCAUUUCUACUGCGAUGACCUUCCCCUCUUGGCUCUUUCCUGUUCGGACACACACAUGAAGGAAAUCCUCAUUUUUGCGUUUGCUGGCUUUGAUAUGAUCUGCUCCUCGUCUAUCGUCCUCACCUCCUACCUGUUCAUUAUUGCUGCCAUUCUGAGGAUCCGUUCUGCCCAGGGGAGGCGCAAAGCGAUUUCUACUUGUGGUUCCCACAUGGUGGCUGUGACUAUUUUUUAUGCCACACUAAUCUUUAUGUACCUACAACCCAAGUCAAACCACUCCUUGGACACAGACAAAAUGGCUUCGGUGUUUUACACUGUGGUGAUUCCCAUGUUAAACCCGUUGAUCUACAGUCUCAGGAACAAGGAGGUAAAAGAGGCCACAAAGAAAGUUCUUGAACAGUUGGCACCGGCAAUCUCACCACCAUUACAUAUGAGCUUCCCAUUCGCGCAGCUUCAUCUUGCGAUUGUGGUAUCUGGAAACUGA